CAUGACGCAUGGCGGCGGGCAUCAAAAGUCAGGAACACGUGUUUUUGUGUACAAUCGUCAGAUUUUAAGGUUUUAUACAAUAAACAGAUAUGUUUAACACUUCUCGGAUUAUUUCUUCCACACGUGUAAUCAAGAAUGAAAAAUGUAUAUACAGUUUAAUUACAAUUUCGUGAGAAUUUAGCCGGUUUCGUGUGCAUAAGUUAUUGUAUUUUUAGGUUAGGUCGUAAGUUUAAACGCGGGUUAAACUUUAAACAGCGUGUACAGUUUGCAUGUUUUUUGUAUUUAGCGAUAAAUAAAUAAAUUGUCACACAUUCUAUAUUUAAAAAAUAAUGUCUAUCAUGGAAGUUGAUAACGAAACUCCUCAAGAAGUGCAAACAGUGCUGGCGCGGUUGCAAUCCGCGGAUGGAAUUCCUUUGCCAGGAGGUCUUUUGGAUUUGCCGAUCAACAUCUCAGUGGAACAAUUACAAUUAAUUUGUAAUGCCUUAUUGAAUGAGGAAGAUCCUAUGCCAUUGGCUUUCUACGUCAAUGAUGUAGAAGUCGAAAAUUCUUUAAAGCCGUAUUUGUCGCUAAAUAAAGAAUUCAAUCCUAGUGAAAAUGUGAUUGAUAUUAUUUACCAACCUCAGGCAAUUUUCAAAGUUCGAUCGGUCACCAGGUGUACAGGGGAAUUAGAAGGACAUACGGAAGCAGUUUUAGCCGUACAAUUUUGCCCCAAUGGUCAAAUUCUAGCGAGUGGUUCAGGUGACAAAACUCUGAGACUCUGGGACAUUCACACUCAAACCCCAUUUAAAACAUGCCAAGGACAUGGAGAUAAUGUUUUGUGCGUAGCCUGGUCUCCUUGUGGAAAGAAGGUAGCUUCAGCGAGCGAAAAUGGAAAAAUUCUGGUCUGGAAUGCAGAAGAUGGAGCACAAAUUGGUAAACCAAUGGUUGCCCAUAAAAAGUGGGUCAAUUGCUUAAGUUGGGAGCCCUUCCACAGCAAUGAAUCAUGCCGGUUUCUUGUUAGCUCCUCUAAAGACACGACUUUGAGGAUAUGGGACACCGUUCUGGGACAAACAGUUCGGCAAUUAAAUGGACACACGAUGAGUGUUACUUGUGUCAAAUGGGGUGGAAGAGGCCUUAUCUACUCCUCGUCCCAGGACAGAACUAUCAAAGUUUGGAAUGCUGAAGAUGGAAAGCUCUGCAGAACUCUCGAAGGUCACGCACAUUGGGUAAACACCUUGGCCUUGAAUGUCGAUUACGCACUCAGGACAGCAGCUUUUGAAAUUACAAAUAAGAAAAACGAGCUUGAAAGUCCGAAAGAACGUGCCAAGAGGCGUUAUGAGGCUGUUGGCGAGGAAAAACUAGUUUCGGGAUCAGACGAUUUUACCCUAAUCCUCUGGAAACCAGAGACCAGCAAAAAACCUUUUGAAAGAAUGUCUGGGCAUCAUCAGCUGAUUAACGACGUUAAGUUUUCACCAGACGGAAGAUUGAUUGCAUCUGCCUCUUUUGAUAAAUCCAUUAAACUCUGGGAUGGAAAUACUGGGAAAUUCAUUUCCGUUUUAAGAGGGCACGUACAAAGAGUGCAUUCGAUUGCCUGGAGUGCAGACUCUCGACUUUUAGUUAGCGGAAGUGCUGACUCCACGUUGAAAGUUUGGAAUAUAAAAACGAGGAAACUGCUUCACGAUUUGCCAGGACACGGCGAUGAAGUGUAUGCUGUCGAUUGGGCACCGAGUGGUGAUCGAGUUGCUUCUGGAGGAAAGGAUAAAGCCUUGAGACUUUGGCAAAACUAAAACGAACUUUAUAAUAUCUGAUUUCAUCUAAAUACACAAUUAUUUUAGAAAUAAAAAUUGUAUUUUUUAUUACAAUGAUGUAUUUGCAAGAAAUUAAAAAAUAUACUAAUUUUA